AGGAGGAAAACACAAGGUAACAAAGGGCCUCCCCUCGCUCUUCCUAUGUCCUAACCCUAAACAAAUUAACAGACAUGUGUCCACUUUCCUCGAUCCUCUCUAAAAUCUAUUCUCAUGUCUUUCCUUUUCCGUUAAAUUAACAGUAGCACACACUCGCAAUCUCUGCUUCAUCCACUUUUUGUGAUAUGCCUUCACUUUCUCUUCGUUAUUAUUUACAUGUUUUAUUCCAAGUUUUUUUUUUUAAUUCUCCCAGCGGUAAAGAAUAGCAACAACCUUAGGACUUAUUUCUGGUAAGAUUCUGAUUUCACCACUGUCUAUCUGUUCUUAGUUAUCCCUUUUAUGGUGAUCCACUGGUCUGAAAUUUGUUGGCAUAGAAGGAGAAAGAAAAAUCCAACACCUCCAAUCUUUAACUUUUGUUUCACCUAACUCCUACAUAUCUUCCUAGUAUUUCAUUUUCAUUUUGUUCAAGAAUCAGUCUCUCUCCUUUUUGUGCUUUAGAUUUGGGUUUUUUAUUUUUCAAUAUACAUAAUUGUAUAGCCAAUUAGUAGUUGGAAUAGUGAAGAUUAAGACUUUUUGGAUCUGGGUUCAGUUCAUUUCUGUUGGGUUUUAAUCAGCUUAAGUGUAUCGCUGGUUGAGCUGAGCAAAAAGGAGAGUGAGCUUGUUUUUGGUUUCAAAGACUUUUUAUCUAGUUGAGCUAAAAGGGCUUGUUGGUGAUUUAGUGUUUUAAAAGUGGCUAAGAUGAGUUUGAGUGCUGCCGAGGAUAAUUCGGCAUCAGAGAUUCAUCUACCAGCUGAUAUAGAUUGGCAUAUGCUUGACAAGUCGAAGUUUUUCUUUCUUGGGGCAGCAUUAUUUUCAGGUGUAUCAGCUGCUCUCUACCCUGUUGUUGUUUUAAAGACUAGGCAACAGGUUUUGCCCACGCAAAUCUCGUCCCUCAAAUUGUCAUUGUCAAUUAUGAAUCAUGAAGGUGUGAGAGGAUUCUAUAGGGGUUUUGGUACUUCUUUGAUGGGUACAAUCCCAGCUCGUGCACUUUACAUGACGGCGCUUGAGGUUACUAAGAGUAAUGUUGGGACUGCAACUGUUAGGUUAGGGUUUUCAGAUACUACAGCAACAGCUAUUGCUAAUGCUGCUGCUGGGUUGAGUUCUGCCAUGGCUGCGCAGGUAGUUUGGACCCCAAUUGAUGUUGUGAGCCAAAGACUCAUGGUACAAGAUUGUAAUGGUAGCAGCAUCAAGAGUAGCAAGAAUAUGAUCCCCAGUUCGAGUUCGUGUAGGUAUAUGAAUGGUAUUGAUGCAUUUAGGAAGAUUUUGAAUGCGGAUGGUCCAAGAGGGUUGUAUAGAGGAUUUGGGAUAUCAAUAUUGACUUAUGCACCAUCUAAUGCAGUUUGGUGGGCAUCUUACUCUGUGGCUCAUAGGCUUGUGUGGGGUGGUAUUGGUUGCUAUGCCAGCAAGAAAGAUGAGAAUGCUGUAAAUGGUGGUGGGGGUUGUGGUUAUAGGCCGGGUUCAAAGGAAAUGGUGGCAGUACAAGGGGUAUGUGCAGCCAUGGCUAGUGGAGUUUCGGCUAUGAUUACUAUGCCACUUGACACAAUUAAGACACGCUUGCAGGUUUUGGAUAGAGAGGAAAAUGGAAGAACAAGGCCAUUGACAGUUAUGCAAACAGUUAGGAACUUGGUGAAGGAAGGUGGUUUUGCAGCUUGUUAUAGAGGAUUGGGACCAAGGUGGGUUUCAAUGUCAAUGUCUGCAACAACCAUGAUCACAACAUACGAGUUUUUGAAACGUUUAUCUACCAAGAACAGAGAUAGCUUGACCUCAUGACUCGAGAGCAAUGGAAGAGGAAAGACUUUUUCCACUUGAAAUCCUUGAAAUUUUUGUUAUUUCUGUACCGUGUCUCUUUAUCAGCCUGCUCCCCAAGAUGGCCUAUCAAUGUAAAUUUUUGUUUUCCUGCUUCCCCGUUAUUUUCAGUGGAAAUCAAUGUAAACUUUAGUAUAGUAAUAACAAGGCCUUCCUAUCUGUGCUUCUA